GGCUAGCGAUUGAGGUUAGAUUUUUGUUUUGUUGUUCUUUUACUUAAAGUUUUAAAUUAUGUUUAAACCAACGAUUUUAGUGGCAUUUUUCGCAUUGCAAGCUUUCUGUGAUACUAAUUUUACAACUAUCAAUCUACCUGAUGAACAUAUGCAGUAUUAUUUCCGAAAUUUUCCUGAAUUGGCACAGCAUUGCUCAAAUGAGGAAAACUGCAAGUACAAAAACCAAUUGAAUUCCAGCAAAUGUUGGGGCUACGAAUUUGACUGCAAAUGGGAAGACCAAUACUCGAUUCCACAUUGUCCAGGAGACCACAAGGGUUGGGUAAGCAGCAAAUUCGCCCAGAAAUCCACAUUCCAUACCCAAGCUGACUUUGGGUACAUCAAACAGCAACUAGGAGAGAUGAAGGUACUUUGUGAACCCUUAUUUGCCACAGACAGUUCCUUAGAAUGCUCUGAUCAUCUCAGGUUCUGUAGAGGCAGGAAUAUUAUGAUGAAUUUCAGUAAACUGGCUAGUAGAGAAGACCCCAUCAGAUACAAAAUGGAUGUACUGGGUGAGGGAGACAUAGGGGGCUACUGUGAACUGCACAAAAAUGUGCUGGAUGAGCAGGCUGAUCAUAUCAGUCCAUUGCAAAGCUGGGGCCCUGAGGUGAGGUUUUUCAGCAGGCUGAAUCAGAGGCCUAUAAGGGAAGGACUCUGUGAUGUGGUGGUAGAGGAACCUACUUUUAUUGUCAAAAUUGAUGCUACAGUCAAUAUGUACCACCAUUUCUGCGACUUCCUCAACUUGUACGCCUCGCUACACUUGAAUUCUACCCACCCUUCCACUUUCUCCACUGACGUUCGCGUCCUAGUGUGGGAAUCAUUCACUUACCGCUCGGCCUUCUCCGACACGUGGCAGGCUUUCACCGACCACCCGCUGUGGGACCUGAAGACGGUCGCCGGUCGGACGGUGUGCUUCCGAAACGUCGUGUUGCCGCUGUUGCCGCGCAUGAUCUUCGGACUGUAUUACAACACGCCGAUUAUCUACGGGUGCGAGAAGAGCGGGUUGUUCGACGCCUUUUCCAAGCAUAUUUUGCACAGAUUGCAAGUACCACUGCACCCACGUACCGCCAAAAAAAUCGUGAUAACUUUCCUGUCGAGGAACACGAAAUACCGUAAAAUACUGAACGAGGACGAGUUAGUAGCCACCCUCGAAAAUAACAGCAAUUACGAGGUCAGAAGGGUGGUGUACGACAAAAACAUUCCGUUCAAAAAACAAUUGGAGAUAACGAGAAAUUCUGACGUUUUCAUCGGUAUCCAUGGGGCAGGGUUGACACAUUUGCUGUUUCUGCCGGAGUGGGCGGUGCUUUUCGAACUAUACAAUUGUGAAGAUAGCAAUUGCUAUUUCGAUUUGGCACGACUGAAAGGAGUGAAAUAUCUCACUUGGGAGGAUGACACAAAAUUGGAACGGUUUGAAGAGGGUGGAUAUGAAGGUGGAGCUCAUGCCAAAUUUGCAAAUUAUGUGUUCGAUAAAGAGGAGUUUCUGAGGAUUGUCGAAAAGGCAGUACAGUAUGUUAGGAAUCAUACACAGUUCGAAAAACUCGUAGAUAGAGUAUUGAAAGCACCCAGUCAUGAGGAAUUUUAAUGCCAAUUGGCUGGAAACAAUCGCUACUGUUACUCUGGAAUUUGAAAAUUAUUUUUUUCUCAAACUGAAACAUUUUAUUGAUGUCUCUUUUCAGUAUUGAUCAAAUUGGAAUUAACCCCUAUUAACGUUGAUAUAUUUUUCAAUAUAGCUAUUAAUGAUAAGGGACAAAGGCAUACAAAUAUCAAAAAUACUUAAUAAAUCAUUGAAUCAUUUACGAAAAAUUGAAGUAAACUGUCUGAAAAAUAAGACCAAUGAGUACUCAGAAUAAUAAUGGUGCAUCCAUUACAAUGAAGAAUCUGUAGCAAUCUGUGAUAUUUUAAUAUAGGAAUAUAUUUAGUUUUUCGUAAUUUUUAUGACAUUGAAGAUGAUGCUUCUUCCACAUGUUCUUCGAAAUUUGCAACUUCAAAGUUUUUGUAUACUCAUAAUUAUCUAAUUGACAUAUCAAUUUUACUAAUAAAAAGUACAUUUGAAAU